CUGCGGCAACAUGUCAUCUGGAAGGCAACGUUCGCCAGUUGAAUUUGAAGAAAACAAGGAUGAAAACGACGCAGAUAAUAAAACGAGAAAGACCAGCGAUAAAGAAAAUAAGGAUAAUGAAUCUGGUUCUCAACAAAAGAGGGACAGAGAUGUUCUGGAUGGGAGGCUCCGAUCUCUGAUGGCGGAGGUACCACACACUAAGUCUUCCUUCCCAAAUGUGCUUGAUCAGUAUGGAAAGGAGGAGAAGGAAGAAAGGAAUGUGAAAAAGGACGACGUGACUGGGCACAAGGAUAAGCCACAUAAAUCCAUGAAAAAGAAGUCAAAGAAGAAAAGUAAGAAAACUGUAGUCUUCUAUGACAGUGAUGAAGAGAAAGAGAAGGAAAAGGAAAGAGAUGAUGAGAAAUACCUCCAAGUGCUGAAUGACUUGGAAAAACUUCGCAACUAUUACUACAAUAAAUACAAGAGACUGCUCACCGAAAAAGUGGAAAAGCAGAGACGCAAAAUCAGACAGCAGAAAGAGAAAUCAGAAACCGAGGACAAACAAAUGGAGAACAGUCAGAAAGAUGCCAGUCACAAAACAAAGAGGAGGUCUGAACAACAUAUUCUAUCUCAUGAUGCUGAAUACAUGAAUGCCAUCCCAAAAUCAGAUGUGUAUAUGAUAAUUGGUUUGCAAGACCAGAUGAUCAAAGAAGGGAAGUUAAGAUCACAGGCUGAUUUUGACAAUUUCUGGAUGGAAAUGAAGAAGCCAUCGGUCUUCCAUACCUACUUUCCAGUAAAGAUUGAUAAAAAUGGCAACAGCAGUGACGGUGGUUUGUCUUCCGUGAGCAUGACUGAUACUACUACCUCUACACUGACACGAGCAGCUGUCACUGCAGCCUCUAUGUCGGCUAAAGAAACGCCACCGCGGUUGCCCUCACGAGCCCUGAGUAACAUCGAGGAGUCUAGAGAGUCAAGACCCACCACGCAGGAAGAAACCUGGGCUGUCACGCAGCAGUACAAGCAUGUUCAUACUCCUGAUGAUCCAUAUCACCGAUCAAACCUUGCCAGACAGGCUGCCGCGGAUCUGGAGAAAAAAUGCCCAAAGCUGGAAAUGCCACAGCUACACUGUUUCAAUAUGGAAUUAGGGAAGAAACCCCCAGAUCCAGAGGAGGUAAGAUUAAAGACAGAGUUAAAAAUGCGAGAAAAGAAUCGCCGAGGCUUUCUGAAGAAACUUCACAAAAUGCACCAUUUGGCCAUGGCAAACGGAGCUGCUGCUACAAGAAUUUUAGACCGACACAAAUACUUGACAUUCAUUGUUGAAGGACCUAAACUUACAGAUGUUCUAGGAGACUACUAUUGGGAAGACUCUUUAGAGUUUGGUUCUAGGUCUCCUACUGAGCUAUCAAUCUCAUCAUCUCAACCCCGAUCAUCGUUCCCGCGAUCAACAGAGCUCCCUCAAAUCACCGAACAGAGGAGAUCGUCAGCACCUGUCUACAAACAGCAAGUUGUUAAACAGCAGGCUGAUAAACAGUUAGCCAUUAGAGAGAAACAGUCAUAUUCUCACCAGUCAGCAAGAAGAACUGAUAGCAGCAUGGAUUCAGGCAAACAACUUGUACCAUACACACCUCCGAAGCCUGAGCCUCUCAGCGUAAAUGAUAUACUGGAAAAGGCGAAAAUAAUGGAAGCUAAGUGCUUAAGUACCAACUGGAUAAAUUAUGCCAAGGCAGAAAAAGUGUGUUUUUGACACUACAGACUUCCAUCAUCUGCUAUCAUCCGACCUGAACCACUUCCAAACAUGAGAUUAAAUUGUGAACAUAAUUAUAUAUUCUACACAAUCCAAAUCGGUCCCCUUCAUUUAUGCAUAUAUUUUACGAAAGUGCAUACAUGUGUUGUUACAAACAAGGAGAAAUUUUUUAUUGUUAUAUAUACAACUGAGGACAUUUUAGGGUUUUGGGGGAUGUUGCAUUAUAGUGACCUGCCACAUGACAUUGAAAGUAAACAAACUGAUGACUUGAUGCAUUUAGUUUGUGGUCUCUAGACACGUGUUGUUGGAGGUUUUUUUAACAGGAAGGCCACAAUGUGUUACCAACUAUUUGAAUUGGUUUUUGAUGGAGAUUAUAAAAUUACAGGUUUAAACUAUACUACAUAUUGACCAAAUUGGACAUGUGAAACAAAACCUACUGUAAGCAUUGUUAUUCAUAUUUUCAGUCAGUGGCAGAAAUGGGUCUUUGAAAGGAUUUUAAAGCCCACCUUCCAUCAAUUUUGUGUGCAAUUUAUUAUGCAUGUUUCUGUGCAUGGAAAUGUGCUUUUUCAUAUCUGUUUUUGUCGAAGUGUACUUUAAGCUGAGCAUAAAUACUUUGCGUUAUGAUGUCGUCACCUGUCUGAAAAAACUUGCAUGCCAAAAAAUUGCUCAUUGCUAGGUUUUUUUCCAGCACUCUGAAUGCUGGCACACGGAAUCAUACAUACAGAAAAGGUACUGUGUGUGCACUGUAUCGCAGUGCUGCCACUUUGCAUUUUGAAAAAAAAAGGUAUGGAAUCUUGACAAAUAAAAGUAUCAAAAUGGUCUAAAAAAAGGAUUAAAUAAAAGAAAGAAAGAAAGAAAGAAAUGUUUUAUUUAACGACGCACUCAACACAU